UACACUCUGCAAUGGAACCUCUGGGAGCAACAACUGUUUUCCUGGCGGUUUGUGUCUCUUGCCUUCUUUUCCUUUCAGCAUGGAGAAAGAUGUCUGGUAGUGGGAAGCUGCCGCCUGGCCCUGUUGCUUUUCCCAUCAUAGGGAACACACUGCAGCUCAAUACGAGGAGUUUGCCUCAAUCUAUACAGGAGCUCAGUGUGAAGUAUGGCCCGGUUUUCACAAUAUACUUGGGCUCACUGCGAGUUGUGGUGCUGUAUGGACAGGAGGCUUUGAAGGAAGCUCUGAUUGAUCAAGCGGAUGAGUUCAGUGGAAGAGGAAAACUGGCACUGGCUGACAAGGUUAUCAAAGGAGGAGGCAUUAUUUUCAGCAAUGGGGAAAGGUGGAAGCAGCUUCACCGAUUUGCCCUCACCACCUUGAGAAACUUUGGGAUGGGGAAGAGAAGCAUUGAGGAACGAAUCCAAGAGGAAGCCCGUUUUCUGGUUGCAAGGCUCAAAAACACACAUGAGCGACCCUUUGACCCCACCAUCCCUCUCACCCAUGCUGUCUCCAACAUCAUCUGUUCCAUUGUCUUUGGGGACCGGUUUGACUAUGAAGACCAGAAGUUUCUGACAAUAAUUAAGCUCACACAGGAAAACAAUGAACUCCUUCGCUCUUUCCUGACACAGCUGUACAAUUUUUUCCCAACUCUCAUGGAUUAUAUCCCUGGGCCUCACCAGCUGUUAAUGAAAAAUGCAGAGGAAUUUGAAAGGUUUGUUCUGGAGAGGGUGAAGAUGCACAAAGAGUCUCUGGAUCUUAGCUGCCCUCGAGACUUCAUUGAUGCUUUCCUCAUCAAAAUGGAACAGGAACGUCAAAACAGCCAGUCGGAAUUUAACACUGAUAACUUGGUAAGAAGCACCUUGGAUUUAUUCUUGGCUGGAACGGGAACAUCCAGCACCACCCUGACAUAUGCGCUCCUGAUUCUUCUGAAAUACCCAGAAAUAGAAGAGAAAGUUCAUGAAGAGAUUGACCGUGUGGUUGGCCGAAGCCGAAGCCCCUGCAUGGCGGACCGAAGCCAGAUGCCCUACACAGAUGCUGUGAUACACGAGGUGCAGAGAACUGCUAACAUUGUCCCGAUAGGUGUCCCACAUGCAGUGACGAGAGACACUCAUUUCAGAGAAUAUAUUAUCCCCAAGGGCACCACUAUAUUCCCCGCCCUGCAAUCGGUCCUACAUGACAGCAGAGAAUUUCCAAAGCCAGAGCAAUUUAACCCAGGACAUUUCUUGGAUGAAAGUGGUGCCUUUAGGAAGAGUGACUUCUUCGUUCCUUUUUCUGCAGGGAAGCGGAUUUGCGUGGGAGAGGGUCUGGCUCGGAUGGAGAUAUUUUUGAUACUGACAACAAUUUUGCAGAAUUUUACCUUGAAGCCUCUCGUUGACCCCAAGGACAUUGAUAUAACUCUAGUGACGAGUUUUGUGUCAAAUAGACCAAAACCAUACCAGCUCUGUGUUUUGCCUCGAUAAAGACCAUGAAAAGCCACCACAGUGUGCUAGACUAGUGCAUGAAUUUUGUUGUCUCUGGUCCUGGAUUCAUUAAUAC